GCGAGAGAAGGAGACGAACAAGGCUUAUGAUAAUAAAGCUGCCGACUUUUCCACCUUCUUUAUGCCCUCUGCCCUCCGUUCUUCUCUUCCAGUCCAACAAUAUUACUAUCUGUUCUAGUGGUCAUACAGCAACAACAAAUCUUAUCUCAAACCUCGAGACUGCUCUUAUCCUGUCUUGGGUUCUUGGGAAAUACGACAAUGGAGGGACCAACCAUCUACCUCGACGUCUCUUCGCCAUCCAGUUGCUACCAGUAUCUGUACGGUGAUCACGAACAGUAUCUCGACGGCAGCCACUCGGAAUCACACAGCUCAGCAACGUCACCUUACGAUAUGACUUGUCUGGAAGACGGGACGGGCACAAGCGCUUUUCACAGCCCGGACAGCCGGGAUGCGGAUGACGGGUGCGAGUCACAACAAGAAGGGACAGCCGUAACAACAACACAAUCGAAACCCGCGACCAAGAGGAAGCGGGAGAAUAGAUACAAGAAUGCUCCGCCCUCGGUUCUCUCGCGCCGUCGUGCCCAGAACAGGGCCUCACAGAGAGCCUACCGCGAACGCAAGGACCAGCGCAUCAAGGACCUGGAGCAGAUGCUGAACGAUGCGCGCGCCCGCAAUGAUGUGCUCAGCCAGGCUUACGCCCAGCUGCAGGCCGAAUACGUCAAGCUGAAGUCGAACCCCUCACACCCGCACCUCGAUGUGCACCACUCCCACAGCCACAGCCAUGCAGCACAUCCACUCCAGAUCGCGUCUUCGAUUCCGGCCUCUUCUUACCAGACCAUACCCGGCACUUCCAUGCCCGCUAAUUUUGUCGACCCGACGUCCAUGGCUGUCCUGAACGCUAGUAGUGAUCUGGACGCAUACUUGUAUCCAGACGUCGGCGCUGGGAGCUACGGUCUUUGAGAAAGGAAAUCGGUCCUUUUUUCGAUGUCAGCCAUCAAGUCGUCUCUUUUCUAGGAGAUGGUGGCUUCUGUUUUGCCCGGCGUCAUGAGAGCUUUCCAGUGUACUCGGCUUGGCAGGUAUGCAUAGUGGUUACGGGAUGGAGCAAUGAUUUUGUCACGUCCUUGUCUCAUUCCCGAGAUUCCUCUCGGCAGCACGAUAAACGCGAGGAGUCAUCGGAAGGUAUUUAGAAAGUGUGACACGGCAACGGUGAUAAUAUGUUGGGUGACGCAUAGAAUUCCUAUGACGUGGUGAAGAUUGGAGGUAUCUGGCGUUUGUGGGUAUGAUUGGAUGAAAAGCGAAAUUAUCUCCAUCGUUUUGGAAAUAGCCGCAAUAGUAUCUUGGGUCGCAUGAGCUCUGCUUUUCAGUUCAGUUGAUGCCUUUCAAAAGCUUCAACUAGGUUCCUAUUAGGGUACGUUUCAAGUCAUGACAUGAUUGGCCUUCAAAUACCGUGUGUAUGGCACAGCAUUCUUGCAUUUGGAGCACUCAGGCCUGAGGUUUGACUAGUGCCUCAACGCUGGUCCGGAGUGGGGAUUAUCUUUAUAACCUUGACAGAAUAUCACCUUUACUUCUUCGGAGAUUUCAAGAGCGUCUAUUGGACGAUAAUAAACUGUCAAAGCGUAGCAU